AGAAACAUAAUUUCAGUUAAAUAUUUCUGUAGUCUUACUUUUCUUGAGUUACUAACCAUUUUGCAUCUAUGUAAAUCCUGGAACACUAAGUUCAUUCUUCUGAAGUGUGUUGCAUUUACAUGGGGUUGUUGAAUCUUGGAAAAUAUUUUACUGUGUAUAAUGGCAUUGCAAUUAGCUGAAUGCUUUUCAUAAGGCUAGUUGCUUACGGUCCUUCUUUUUCCUGUCACUCAGGACAGAAACAAGGGACUGAUUUUUCUUCCCAAAUGUAGUAUGCCUACAGUUAGUGUAUGUUUAACAUGAAUUGCACUGAUGUGCCAGCCCAAAUGCCCCUCUCUUUAAUCCACAGUUUACAUGCAAAAUAUUUUCUCCAAAACCUAGACAUCAGGCUAGUUCUUUUUUUUUUUUUAAAUUUCUGACGUGUCAAUUGCAGAAUCAAAAGUGUUGGAAGAGAUUUAGUCUUAGCAAGAAUGUAGUGAAGCUGGUCUGUUCAACAUUUCACGUCAGUUCUGUGCUGCAGCAUACUUGCUUACUUUCUCUGUUCUUGGUUGGGAAAGCUGCCAAAAGGAAAUGUGAGGAAUCUGUCCAACAACUUGCCUCUUUCAGAAUCCACAUCCCAUUUUGCAAUUUGGGUUUUUUUUUCUGUAAUGUCUAUUUGGACUCUUACAAUAAUAAGGCAUCAGGGAAGAAAUCCAUUCCUCAGUCUGUUGCAAAAGAACCAGGAGGGUGCUGUAGUUACAGGAAUUCCGAAGAGCUUUAGCAGAGGGAUCCCACUCUGCGUGCAGUUUACUUUCCAUAGAUGUGAGUGGAGGACUUGCCACUACAGACCAAUUGUAAUUGUGGCAAAGCUUUUCCUGCCAGUACUGUGCAAGCUGGUUAUUCUAUUAAAAAAAAAUCCAUAUCACUUACAAGUGCCUCAGUUUAUAGAUUAAUCAAAUUCUGUAUUAAUCAGUUUUGAUAAUGCAGAUUAUAAGCACAUGUAGGAGCAUCUGCUUCUAUUUUGUUUUGUUGGAGAUUAUCCCUUAAUCAUGCAAGGUCCAGGUGUGCAUUUUCAGAUUUGUUGACUCAGGAAAGGUGGAGGUGCUAUUAAAGGCCAGUCCCAUUAUGCUGUAGUUACAUUUAUGUUGUUGCCUCUCUGAAGAAUUGCACCACUCAGUGAAGAGAAUGGCAAGAAGAAAUGUCCUCAUUACAGGCUGCUCCUCAGGAAUUGGACUGGCAUUAGCUGUAAAAAUGGCAAAAGAUGAACAGAAAAGAUUUAAAGUGUAUGCCACAAUGAGAAACCUGGCCAAGAAAGAGCCACUGGAGGAAGCUGCAGGUCAGAGGCUGGGCAAAACCCUGGAGAUUAAACAACUGGAUGUCUGUGAUGAACAGUCUAUUAAAGCUUGUGUGAACAGCAUCCCUGACAGGAGGAUUGAUGUCCUAGUGAGCAAUGCUGGAAUGGGGCUCAUUGGACCUAUUGAAUGUCAGACCAUUGAGGAAAUGAAAACAGUGAUGGACACCAACUUCUUUGGCCUGGUUCGACUCCUGAAGGAGAUCUUGCCUGACAUGAAGAGGAGAAAGAGUGGGCAUAUAGUUAUAAUAAGCAGUGUUAUGGGAAUACAAGGCAUCUUAUUUAAUGAUGUUUAUGCUGCAUCUAAGUUUGCUGUGGAAGGAUUCUGCGAAAGUUUAGCUAUACAAGCACUCAAGUUCAAACUGCAGUUAAGUUUGAUUGAACCAGGCCCAGUGGUUACAGAGUUUGAAAGAAAAGUGUUUGAAGAUGGAAUGAAAAUGGAUCUUUCAGCCGCAGAUAAAGAAACAGCUGAGAUGUUUACUAAUAUUUACCUUAAAAAUUACAAACAGAUUUUCCAGAGCCUGGGACAAAGUGCUGAAGAUGUUGCAGAGCAUACAGUAAAGAUAAUUCUUGCAGAAAAUCCACCUUUUCGCCAUCAGACCAACACCUUGUAUACUCCAAUGACAACUCUGAAGUAUGCAGAUCCAAAUGGAGAUCUACCCAUUGACAUAUUCUACAAAAUGGUUUUUCAGCAUGACAAAGUCUUCAGUGCAAGUCUCAACUUCAUCAAAUUGCUACGGUGGAGAAGCAGAAAGAGCUUUGACCUGGGAAAACCCUCACAAUAAGUAUGAGAUUAUGUAGUGCAAAUUGGAAUUACUUGUAGCUACUGAUGACACAGUAUGUUGUUAUUCAAAUGCCUUUGCUCUGUAAUUAUGAAAAGGCAUGCAAGAUGUUUGUUUGAGCUUAGCUAAGGUAUCCAUUUUAAUGUGUAUCUCUUGAAUGUUACAGUUUGCAGAACCUUGCAAUUAAAAUCCUCUAACUAUAGUUUUAUUCUGUUUAGUGUUUGCUUUUUCCAGAGAUGUUUUAUUAGGAACAUGAGCAUUGACUGAUAUUUGUGUAUUCAGUAUUAACCUGACCUCCUUCACUUACUUGAAUAUAAUACACACUGAGAGGUGUACAGUAUGCAAACUAUUUUGAUUCUUAAUAUCAUAAAAAUAUGUUUUUACUUAUUAGGAUAGAAUCAGUAUAGUAAUCCCUCAAUCACACUGGCAUUCUCAUUUCCACA